GGUAGUAUUGUACACGGACGUUGUUCCGGUGAUUUUUGGCAGACACAGGACGUCCAAAAGUCCAUGUCUAGGACUUGGACCAAUACUAGAUAUUUUUUGGCCAGAAUUAACAAGAGAUAUGGCCAGCAUUAAUACGGACAAAAAGUCCCAGACAUAA